UGCGCCACCUGAGUAAAUUCAGAACAUAGAUCGAAGACAGAAGAGUGCAAGUUCUGUGCCGGUGCGGUCGAAGAUCGCUGUUCCGGGUGAUUUUUUUUUCGCGUUCGAUAGGAAAUAAGAAAGUUGCUGCGAACAAAAGCCCGUGCGAUGGCCGCGACCGGGUUGAGUGAUGACCCUGUAAUGGAGCCCCUGGUUUGCAGCCCGUUAUCGGACGAAGACGGAACGGAUGAAGACGUUCUUCCACCCCCUAAGAGGAAAGAAUUCAUUAUAAGGAGCAGCACAAGCAAUUCGGAUGCAGAGGACGAUGAACAAACAUGCGCAACAACAUUGGGUAAAAGCUGCACGACACCUCAUUCUUCCGCGAAGAAAGGAUCUACUUCAAAAUGUACCCAACUCGUCCGAUAUUCCGGAACUCCUACACGAAAGACGUUAAACCGCCUGCUCUGGGAGAAUUUUGCUAGAACUGACCCGAAACAUGUCGAAUGCCGGCAUUGCAAAGCCUUUCUGAAAACGACGGAUGCUUCGACCACACCUUUACAUGCACACUUAAGGAAUAAGCAUAAGAUCAAGUAUAGUGAGUACUUGGCUGCAAAGCACAAACAAGAUGUAGCAAAGGUGGACAACGAGAAUGCUAUCCGUACUGCGAUUGUGGAUCGAGAGCGUACUGCAUUACAGAAGAUCAACUCUAAGCCAAAACUUAUCAACCAAAACAUCCGAGAUGCUCUAUCGCAAUGUAAAGUUCCAGCUAAAUAUGCACAAAACAGCCAAGCACAAUUGAAAGCUGACAUGGAUAUAACGAUAUUCUUAGUGACUACCAAUCAACCGUUUAGUUUAGUAGAGGAACCGGGCUUCAAGAGGUUCGUGGAGUCAAUGGACCCAAGAAUAAUUGUCAAGAAUAAAUCAACAUACACGCGUUCAAAAUGUCCACAAUUGUUGGAAAAUGUGAAGCAAGCGGUGGAAAAGAUCCUUCAAAACGAUUUGCCGUUCUGCGAUGGAAUCGCAUUUACUUCGGACACAUGGACUUCUCGUUCGAACGAUCCGUUUCAGAGUUUAACGUUGCACUAUGUAUCAAAAGAAUUUGAGCUGAAAAAAUUCACGGUUGAUUGCAAAUCCUUCCGGGGUCGUCAUACGUCAGAAGCUAUCGCCAAGUUAUGUGAUGAAAUGAUUAACUCGAUACCAGGAAUCAACUCAUCAGCCAUGAAAUAUGCUACGACCGAUUCUGGCGCCAACAUGCUGAAAGCUAUGAGCAUAGCAAAUGAAAUAACUGAUAAUCUCAAAUGCUUUGAUCAUAUUCUCAAUACUUGUGUAACCAAAGCAUUGGAACAAAACUCACUGAGAGAAGUGGUUGGGCAAUGUAAGAAUUUAGCUACUUUGACUCACCGUUCAUCUUUAUCUCAACAAAAAAUACAAAGAUCAUGUGACGAGAACGAACCUAAGGUCACUUACAGAAAGAUCAUACAACCAGUCUGUACGAGAUGGAAUAGCUUACAUGCUUGCAUGGACUCAAUUUUAGCAAUGAAGAGUCCUCUUUUAAGCAUAAAAGCUACCGAAAACGGAACAGACUUGGCUAACGCGAUCCCAGAUGAAUGCGGGUUUAAGAAGCUUGAACAAAUCAUCAAACCUUUAGAUGAAAUUCGAAGAGCAUCCGAAAUGUUGUCUGCUGAGGAUAAACCAACCAUCCACCUUGUGCUUUGCUACAUGGUGACCCUUAGUAAUCUGCAAGCCAAAUAUGGAUACCUUGGAAAAGAAUCGCUGGAACUAUGCCGAUCAUUUACGGAUCAUCUGAAUCCACGAGUACCGAAUAAAGGAAAAAACGAAUACAUCUACUGCGCGGCAAACUUGCUCCAUCCAAGGUUCAAAGGUUCAGUCAUGAAACUCGAUAAUGAUCAGUUUACCUUCGAGGGAACGAAAAACCGUUUAUUACGCGAAUAUUCUUUGCAGUACGGUGCACCAACUGAAAACUCAAUAAGUACCCAAGAUCAGCUUACUCCUUCAGAAAGCACGUCCGGCUGGAGCGAGCUCGAAAAGCUCACCAAGGAAUUUGAAGCCGUUGACAAUGUUGAAACAACGAAACAGAGUGAUGUUCAGAAGGAAAUGAAAAUCUUCCUAGAAAGCACUGUAAGAGCUGAUCACGUUGAGGUAGACGUUUUGCAGUGGUGGAAAAAAAACGAAAGGGUGUUUCCCUGCUUAGCAAAGUGUGCUCGAAGGAUUCUGGGAAUCCCAGCUACUUCUGCGCCCUCAGAGAGAGUAUUCUCGUGCAGCGGAAAUAUCAUGACCUCUCAAAGACAUCAGUUAGCAAGCAAAAACCUAGAAAUGCUUGUCUACAUCAAACAAAAUUUUGAUAAGGUCUACAUACCUAAAUGGAAGUUCGACGAAGUGGGAACAAGCAAAUGUUCAUUGAAUUAUGCUUAAUGGUUUUAAAAUCUAACCAUGUUGUUUUUUUAAUUUGUUAUAUUUUCACGUCCAACACUUUUUUAAAACAAAGAUCAAUAAAAAAGUGAAAACAAA